AAAGCAUCACGGGUUAUCACCACCAUCACAGCCAGUGUCUGUCAUCCCCCAGCAAGGUGUCACUUUCGGCAGCUAACUACUCGUUUUACACCGCGUUUAACUGAAACGUUUUGAUACACACCUCUGCUUGACAUCUCGGGGGCCUUUGGUGCCAUGAAAGGAAUCAGGUUUUUCGUGGUUUUCUUGGUGCUUUCCGCGUCUUUGCUGUGCACAACCGAAGCGGGCAGGAGCAAGACCAGCAACCAGAACAGCUUCCGACGGGCAGCUAACGGCGUCUACCAGACCCUGAGCAGCGUUUUCGGAGAGGACAACAUCAGAGGGUUAUACAAGUUUUUCUCCAAAGCAACGGAGCGGUUCGUCCAUGGAGUGGACUCUUUUCUGGACACCAUCUGGAAGAUCUGGUCGGAUCUGCUGGACGUGAUGGGCAUUGAUUCCUCAAACCUCAGCCACUACUUUAGCCCCACAUCCCUCACCAACUCCCCAGCACGUGCCCUGCUCCUGGUUGCCGCCGUUCUCUUGGCCUACUGGUUCCUCUCUAUGUUCCUGGGGGGUUUCUUUUACCUGCUGCACGCUGUGUUUGGACGCUUCUUCUGGCUCGCACGUGUCACCCUGUUCGCCCUGUCCUGCCUCUACAUCCUGCAGAAGUUUGAGGGUGACCCCGAGCGCGCGGUGCUGCCGCUGUGCUUCAUCAUGGCCGUGUACUUCAUGACGGGGCCCGUGGGAGCGUACUGGCGCCGGGGAGCCGGGGCAGGCUCACUGGAAGAGAAAAUCGACCACCUGGACACUCAGAUCAGGCUGCUCAACAUCAGGCUGAGCCGUGUUAUAGACAGCCUGGAACGCACCGGGGAGCAGUAGACUUACUGUAGGUUGGGUUUAAGGCGGGGGGAGGGGCUUGGGGAAACCAGAUGUAUUUGGUAACAGAAUACUGUUUCCUACACACAUCUGCAGCAACACAACUACUGGGUAUUUACAACUCUAUUGUCAGAUGUGGACGAAACUAGAUUUGAACGUAGUAUUUGAAUGGCUUGAGUCGAUUUCAGUAACAGGGAAGUAUAAAUCCUCAGAGGCUUGGACUUGGAGCUAACGCAAAUCAACCAAACAGCAUUUUUUUUUCGUUUGUUUUUAUCUCCAGGAUUCGGAAGGUUUUUUCUACAUCUCUGAGGAAGUUAUCAGAGAGAUGUCCAAGAUUUUCUAAAUGUUCAUCUAAUUCAACACCUGAGCGACUUUUGAGAAACUCCCAAAUUAGAAAGUUUAAGCACUGUCAAUGCAUAUGCUUAUGGAUGUUUAUUUGUAUCCUUGUACAUAAUCCGGGGGUUAAGACUCAGUUUUGUCCACAAAAAAAAAAAAAAGAUUUUUCCCCUUUUUGAAACUGCUACAGUAGGAACGGGGAUGGGGCGUAUGACACAGGGGUCAGAUACAAACCUUGUUAUUUCUAAUAUGUAAAAUCUUCAAGAUGUUGGAUAGUUGUCAAAAAAAAGUAAGAUUUAUUUAUUCCAUCCUCCAUCCAAAAUGUUGAAAUCAUGUAGAUGUAGUUUGUUUCAUUGAGUCACCAUUCCAUAGUGGCGAUAGUUAAACAUCAGGACCUCUUUUUCUCAUGUGAAUGUGUGCGCGGGUACAUGAGCAUCUCGUUGACCUUCUCGAAUGUGUGUGUGUGUGCACGUGUGGGGGUCAAGCUUGUUUAAUGGUAAAAAAAAUAAUCACUAUUAAAAGUCACCGUCGGACUUGGAGAAAACGCAGACAGGCAGCAAUAUCUCAGGGACUCACCCAACGCAUAUGUUGAACUGAAAUGAGACGUCAAGUAUCUUUAAAUCACGUCUUGGUCUCUUUGAGUCUCUUCACAGUUCAGAUGUAGUGAAUUAUGUGUGUUUUUUUGCGUUGUGUUGAAAUUGCAAACAUCCAGCUUUUUAUGCAUCAUUUGUGGACAGUAGCUCAAUGAUUCUAGAGAGUGCUUCGAAGUUUUUAAAUUCAAAAAUAGCAUUUUUAGCAUAAACUAGCGUUUAAGAAUAUAUUACUUUAGUUGUUUGAGUCACAUCACUAUGGUUGGGAAUCUGUCUUAACACAUUUACAUCUUUCAGGGUUAGUAUUUUGGUGUACGUUUCUCUACUUGGUUGCAUAAUAAAUGAGGUCUGUGUGCAUAGUGUGCUGCACGGCAUUAUUUAAUCCUGCUGGUUCUACGUCAUGUUAAAUCUACUCAUGCCAGAUUUUAAUGAUAGUUUAUAACCAACCUAAUCAUGCAGUAUAACACUGUUUAAGAAAAGUGCUUUAGGUAUAUUCCUAGUGUGCAGCAUUGUAGCCAUCUCUAGUUUAUUUGUUGGAUUGGACUGUUUUUAUGUUUACUAUGUUUUCUAUAGUUUUCUCUGUCAUCGUGUGACAUCAUAAGCGAACGAGCCCCACAUGUGUUUGCGUCAUAUCUUCAUCUAUUCAUAUCCAUCCUCUCGUCGUUUUGUGUGACUUCGAUUAUGCUCUUUAAAUGCGUUUGUAUAGAAAUGACCCUAACGCUGUGUAGAUUCGUAGAAAGAAAGUUGGUGCUUUUAGUGAUAACGAGAAAGUUCGAUUAAAAGAUAUAAGUCGGUGAUGUUACUGACACGUAGAUAGCUCUUACGUUUUAAACUAAUACAGAGGUCAAAGAAUGAAUCAGUAUUUCUACCCUUGACGCUCAGAUCCUCAGCAGCUACCAGUAUGCGUGACAUGUUGUGGGAUGUGUUAUUAUUUCUUUCAUGCUUGUAAUGUUACCAUUCAUUUAGGAGAAGAAAGGCGUUGGGUACAGGUACAGACACUUUGGCUACUUCCCAGCAUAGUCCGAUAAUUAUCAGCAUGUGUGGUUUAUGUGAGUUCAGGUUCGUUAGACUCGCUGUCUCGCCUUUUGUUAGGAAAAAAACAUUUGAAUUAUUUGAAUAUAGGUUGAUUUAAUGUAUUUCAGUUGUGUCUGACGCUCGGAAAGGUUUUCUCACUUUGCCCAACAUAUAUCACCCAUACGUCCAGUGUGAUCUGGGAUUUUCUUGCAUGCUCUGCUUCUAUGCCUAUAAUGUUACGUUACGAUAUAUACAUGUUGUGGACUGCCUAGGUAGAGGGCCCUGAUGUGUGAUGUUAGCCAGAAGCUAUGAUUCUAUUUAAAACUGUGUUGUUUUUUCUGUACCAUUACAGUUACAUUUGCACUGAUUGCUAAACUGUGUCGACCAAAAUUAUGAUUCAUGAAAAGGCUGUUUUGACAUUACAAGACUAAACUGGAAACAAAAACAAAACAACUCUCCUCAUUCUGUAAUCGCAGCCAACGCUUGUCUUUUCUCUUAAUUUAAAGAGCUGACGUAAGAGAGGGGGGGCUCGAUCCGGGUGUCUUGUAAUGUGUGCUUAGCCUGACAGUGUGUAGCCAAUGAUCUGUGUGUGUUUAAUGGCAGCGCAUGUGACAUAUGAAGGUGUUCAGUUAUUAGUAAUAGUCAUGUAUGUUGUUGAAGGAAGUCGUUACCCAGGUUAGAGUGGAUUCUGUUAUGAAAGCUCAAUCACAUGCUCGUGGUACUGUAAUUCAGGUGGUUCAGCAUUUCGAGUGGAUGCUUGUCUGUGUCAUAAAAGUGAUUAUAAAUGAAGCUCUUUAAAUUUGACUUGUUUUUUCUCACACUGUUCACACUCGCUGUAGCCUUCCCUUCAGAUAUCGUGGAAGCGGCAGUGAAUAAUGUGAACCACUCAGAUGCUGAAUGAUCCUUUUGUUGGCGUCUCUCAGCAUCAGAAUGAAUGCUACAGUCAGAUUAUAUUUAUUCUUUGUUUAGAGUGUCUUCUGAAUGACUUGUAAUUCCAAUAAUUUAAUGUACUGUAUCCUACAUAUUUCUAUUAUUCCACGUAGCCUGCUUUUUAUAAUAUGCCGUGCCAAUACUGUAUGUUUGUCGUUACUUUGCGAUUAUUUGUAACUGUUGAUUUUUGAGUAGAUGCAGAUUUUUUUUCUUAAUUUCACCAAUUGACAUUUUUACACCUUUUUUUUGUUUUGUUAUUUGAAUAUUUCUGUACUUACAUGAUGUGGCAAGAGCCAAACUGUUCUGCCUGCUGUUGUCAACUUUGUGUUUGAGUGUGUGUCUUUAUGAAAACCUGUUGGUGGGAAAGUGAUUCUUUUUGUGUCUGUGUGAAAAUGAGGUCCAGAUUUGAAUAAAUUAAACACCACAGUAUGACUUAAACGUC